AUGGUCGCGUCGUCUGAUCGCAGUGCGGCUUUGGACUGGUCAAAGGCGGCUUCGCUAGCGAUGAAUCGGACACUCCGUCAGUGUGACCAUGCAGCGCGCGUCGAUCUCGUGCACCUUGUGCGGUGCGUACGUGCGAGUGAUGCUCGUGCUGCUGACAUAGCUCAACUGUGCCGCUCACACAUCCUGCAAGGCACGUUACCCCCGCCAGCAGCGCGGCCUGAACUGUAUUCACUAGCGCUUUGCGUUGCAGCGCACGAGUCUGACUCAGUCUUUCAUGCCUGGCAGCAGAUGCGCGCAUUAUACCCAGCUUGGAUACCCCAUCGCGACGAUGCCUCGUGGGCUUUGCAGUCAGUGCUUGCCGCAAGGCAGUGCGAUGACGCAUGGCUCCUUUGGAAUGACGUUCGGGCACUUGAUGUGCUUCCACGAGCAGGCGCCAUCAAUGCGCUCCUCGCGAGUCUACACACACAGCCUGAGGCGACGCAGCUGUUGGUUGAACUGGGCGUGAGGCAGCUUGAUGUCGUUGGCCUCAGCACGUUUGUGCAUGCCCAUGUCAAAGAAUGUAUGCUGUCCCGGCUAACAAUUGAUGCUGUCGUGCAUGAAGCUGCAGACGAGCUGCAGAAACGCUUGGCUAGUUCUCACGAUGCAAUUGCAUGGCAUACUAUACUUCUCUACGAAGGACAUGUGAAUGGACCAGAUGCAGCCCUGGCACGGGCGGAAGCCGCCUUGACACGCCAGGCCUUUCUUCCCGACGCCUAUACGGUAUCGACGCUUUUCCAGUGUUAUGACCCCACGCACCUCACUACAUGUGACGAAGCGCUUGGCGUCUUGCAACGCAUUCACGCCACCGUGGGUGUACAGCCUACUGCUCAUGCACUAAGCAUGGCGAUUCACGCGGUGCUGGGCCAUGGCCAUCACCAUAGUCUUGGCUCAGUCACGUCGGAUCCACAGCAAGUGUCCGAAGCCAGCGCGCUUUACAAGGAGGCGCGAUCCCUCUGGUCGAUGGAGCCAGAUCCCGCCCUGCUGCAGCCACUGAUCGAGGCACAUUGCGCAGCCUUUGUCCCUGCGCUUGAUCAGGCCUGCUUGCUGUUGCAGGAGUAUUUGAGCGAAGACACCGAUUCUUGGAUGUCGACGUCGCGCACAUCGCUCCUGGCUCGGUUCCGUCUGCGGAAGCCACGGCAGCGUCAGGUUGAUUUGGGUCUCUUUUAUCCACUGAUCAUCGCAUGUGCACGUUUGCAGGACGUGCCGCGUGCUUUGGACGUGCUAGCGCAGCUCGCUCAGCGGCGCGUGCGUGUGCCGCCACAUGCGACGAUCACAAUGACGAAGCGCCUCCUGAGUGCUUGCUCGACAUACGACGAUGCGUGGCUCGUGUAUCACCGAGCCCAUGCACUAGGUGGCUGGACACACGACACGUACGCGAGACUCGUGGCGUUCUUGUGCCGACUCGUACUCGACGGCGAGUCAGCGCCACCUGAGUUGCCGCUCCAAGUGCUUGCAGACAUGCGAAGCGCUGGCUUUCAUCCCAGCCCAUCCACAUAUACCAUACUCCUGGACUUUUAUGCAAAGACACAUGCCACGCUUGCAGGCGUGCGUGCUACACACGAGCUGAUCCAGCGAGACAUGCACCUGGAGCCAGACCUCGUGCUGAUCCAUGCGCUCAUGAACGCAUACAACUAUGCGGGUGCGCCAGCUCAAGUGCUGGGUAUUUGGGACAGCCUAAUGGUGCUGUGCCACAAUGCUGGUGCGCCGCGCUUCCUGGACGAUGUCACUGUCACGAUUGUGUGCGACACAUGUGGCCGAGCUGGCCUGCUGGGCGUGAUGCGCGAGAUCCUCGCGACUGUGCGCCGCCAGUAUGCGCACCUGAUGACAAAGACUGUGUACGAUGCUUGGACCGAGUGUCUUGCGCGAUGUGGCCACCUGACAGAGGCCGUGGAUGUGGUGGUGCAAGACAUGUGCGCUCACACACCCAUAUACCCCGACAAAAGACGGUGCAGACGCUGCUGA